AUGGACGAUGAGGAGACGCCAACCCUUUCCUGUACAGCCAUCUCUGCUUUGCAGGAAUUCUAUGCGGAACGAACAGCACGUGAAGAAACAUUUCAAAAGUUAAAACAUGAAGCUGAGGUAGCUGCGGAUAGUGUAGAUAUACUUUCUAUGGAUUUGUUCGUGGAAAGCUGGCAAGAUUCACAGUUUUGGUACUCUGAGGAAACCGCGAAUAUACUUGCAACAGCCUUGCUCGGUGAUGCAGAUGAAAAGGAGACUGUAGCAAUGGUCAGCGCGCCUAGUGCGUAUGUCAUGGCAAGGAGGAUACUGAAACAGAGUGGUAGGCCAAAAGAUAAAUGGCCGCGACUAUUGUUGCUCGAGUACGAUAUACGUUUUGAAAUUUUCAAGGACGAUUUCAUUUUCUACGACUACAACAAACCACUGAGCCUGCCUCCUUGGUUAAAAGGAGCAGUUGAUCACAUCAUUUGCGAUCCCCCCUUCCUCAGUGAUGACUGCCAAACAAAAGCCGCGAUGACAGUGCGAUGGAUAUCAAAGUGCCAUAAAAAAGACUCGGAGUGGGAGGUAGAGAAUUCAAGACUUAUUGUGUGCACUGGAGAGAGAAUGGAAAAUGCGAUACUAAAGCUGUACCAGCAACAAAGUAUAGCCAGAACAAGCCUAGAGCCGGUUCAUUCCAAACAACAGCUAAGUAAUGAGUUUUUGUGCUUCGCCAAUUUCGAAAGCGACUUUUGGGCGUUGAAGAGAAAGCCCUUGCAGAAAAAAGAUGAUGUCUGA